AUGAAAACAAUCGAUCUACGUCGAAACAAGAAAUCUCGAAAUCGUCUGAGACAGUCUUUGUCGGAGACCCUAACCAUCUUCUACCCCAUUGCAGGCACAGUUGUACAAAACUCGCACGUUGAUUGCGACGACACGGGAGCGGAGUUUGUCGAAGCCCGGGUUCACGCUCCCCUCUCACACUUCACACAAAACCCUAAUUUUGAGGAAUUGGUGAAGCAGUUGUUCCCCACGGCGGACGGGACCGAAACCCGAAACCUGUCUGUGAAGAUCAGUUUCUUCGAGUGUGGAGGAUUCGCCGUUGGCUUGUUUCUGUCACAUAAGCUAGUGGAUGGGUCAUCUGCAGCAGCGUUCGUCCGCGCGUGGGGGAAGACCUGUUGCGGGGAAGCUUCUGGAAUCAUUCACCGGUCCCGUGGGCAGACACACUUAAGGUGUACUAAAAGGCUGAGAUUUGCUAUGGAUAUUCUUGACAAUGGCUGGUGGGAAAGAGGGAGGGUACAAGCUGGUCUAACACAGCCUUUCUGGGCCCCUGCAGCUGCUGGAGGAGGGUGCCGGCUGGGCUUGCUCCCUUUAGCCCAAGCACUUCCUCAUCUCAUCUCUGGAAAGAAGUUGCGGCUGGCCACGAAGGCUGUCUCCCCUCGUGGUCUCGCCCUCCUCCCGGCUUUUUUUCCCGUUUUUGAAUAG